UCGAAAAUCCCUGCUUGUUGUUCGGAAUGCAACUACAAACUAAGACACGUUUUGAUCAACCAUAAGAGACGGACAUACAACCACUAAUCGUAGGUAGGGUAUGCACCGAUGGCAGUAUUCAAUACUGCCUGACCAAUUUUGACCAGCCCACAUAGCAUUUACAUCCAAGCAAUAACAAAGUGUUGAAAGAUCUGUUUAUGUGAACAGUAUUCAAUGAAAGCCUCCCAGAUUAAAAAAUGUCAGAUCUUGUAUCGUGGCUACGGCGUCGUCAGUCUCUAGGGAAGGUUGAGUUACUGGAUGCUUUAUGGCAUAUAUCGUCACUAUUGCUUAUUGUCUACCAUAUUGUGUACAUCAACACGCCCUUUCUUCCCAUGGACAGACAAAAACAACUCUUCUCUAGAAAUAAUUGGCUGCUUCCAGUGGACGCGAUCGCGGUUGUUUGGCCUAUUUCGCAGUUACUGAACUCUUCUGCAUCCAAUGUCUCAAGCAAAGUGCUAUCCUCAAUACUCCUUUCAGAUUUUUUUUAUCAUCGUCUUUUUAAUAUAUUCAAUUUCAUUCGUGCCCUAUACCUGCUAAAUGUGGCGAUCUACGAAUUCCAGUGGGGUCAGUGGUCUGCAUCGUAUUCUCUGGCGUUUGAAUCAUUAACGCUAUUCGUGUGUUCCGUACUUCACAAGACGAUCACAAUGGUGAGGCAACUACAGAUGCGGUUGCGGCACGAAGGCUUCUCGAGAGUCGAAGAUAUUCCAGAAACACCACUUGUAGUGAUACCACGUUCAUCAAAGAAAUCGAAAUUUUCGAAAGAGAGGUACUAAAGAAUCGAUCCCGCCAAGUCCGUGAAAUACGCGUAGGAUACCCUGACUAUAUAAGAAGCGUGGGUGCGCCACAAACCGGGUGAAGUGCAUACGGAAACAGAGCCUUUCAGCGAUUUUCAAAGUCAAUCAACACACAGUCACAACGACAGGUUUCUACACGUAAUUGUUACGGGUGACGAGAAAUGAUGGCGCCACGUUGAUACGAAGCAGCGAAAUAAAUUGAUAACUUUAAAAACUACACUUAAGUUCAGAUCCGUAUUUGAAGACAAUCAUGAUUUGCAUUUGGCGGGAGUAGAAGAAUUUUACAUAUUGCGAAAUGGUAGAGAAAAGCCAGACGAUCAGCAAAAGAUUUUACAUGGUCCAACAGAAAAGGUCCGAUAAAAAAAAGUCCCCAUGACAGUGUUAGGCUCACAUGCUAAAGGACCCUAAAAGGACGCUGUCCAAGAACCUGAGUUAUUCUCCAUACCUCGCCCCGACGGAUUACCUCCUUUCUCAAUCAUUGACAAAUUAACUUCAUAACUAUAUAUUUGAUAAUAUGUGCGUUUUAAACACUUAAUGAUUUUUUCCGCACCAGACCUACUAAUUUCUGGCAAGAAG